UUCACAGGUUUCCGUUGGAAGUUGAUCCUCGCAGCGAUGCGAGCUGGACAUUAAUGAUGGCGGCGGCCCGAAAACGGAGACACGAACACGGCGACAGGAGCUCGGCCGCCGGCAGAGCAUCCUCCAGGAACAAGAAGGACACGUCCGGUGACGGCCCCACGGUUCUGGUGAAGCUGUUAGCGGCGGCGUUUUACGGAGUCAGCUCGUUCCUCAUCGUGGUUGUGAACAAGAGCGUCUUGACCAGCUACAGAUUUCCAUCGUCAACAUGUGUUGGAAUCGGCCAAAUGCUGGCCACAGUUGUAGUUCUGAGGACCGGGAAGAUGCUGGGCGUUAUCUCAUUUCCAGACAUGGAUUUGAGCAUACCACGCAAGAUGUUCCCGCUGCCUCUUCUGUAUGUCGGGAAUCAAAUAUCAGGACUGUUUGGAACACAGCGACUCAAUUUGCCCAUGUUCACAGUCCUGAGGAGGUUCAGUAUUUUCCUCACCAUGGUGUUUGAGGGCAUCUUGCUGAAAAAGCAAUUCUCCACGUCCAUUAAGAUGACCGUGUUCACCAUGAUCUUUGGGGCUUUCGUUGCUGCCAGCGCCGACUUAGCUUUUGACCUCGAGGGAUAUAUCUUCAUAAUGCUGAACAACGCUCUGACAGCAGCCAGCGGGGCGUACAUGAAGCAGAAACUCGACUCCAAGGAGCUGGGCAAAUACGGGCUGCUGUAUUACAACGCUCUGAUCAUGAUUGGUCCCACUGUGGCGUACGCUUACUACUCAGGGGAUUUACAUUCGGGGAUGGAGUAUGGAGGCUGGUCCGAUCCCAUGUUUGUUGUGCAGUUCGUGCUCUCCUGUGUCAUGGGGUUCGUUUUAAUGUACUCCAUCAUGCUGUGCACGCAGUACAACUCAGCACUCACCACCUCCAUCAUAGGCUGUAUUAAGAAUAUCCUCGUCACUUACAUUGGGAUGGUGUUUGGUGGAGACUACAUCUUCACCUGGACGAACUUUUUAGGCCUUAACAUCAGUAUCGCCGGGAGCCUGGUGUACUCCUACAUCACCUUCACACAGGAGCAAACAAAAAAGGCCUAAAUCAUGCAGUCCCACAUCGACACUGAAGAGCUACAUCCAGCACAUGCCAUGUUAUCCGUGCUCUGUAUGUGGAUUUAUUUUUAAAUCAUGCUUUUAUAAACACUUGAGUUUUGCUACAAUGAUAGAAAAUUAUUUUUUGAUGUGAUGUAAACUUUUUGUCUGUGAUUUAGAUAAAAUAUGCUAACUUUUAUAAUUGUUUUUAUUGAUUAAAUGCAAUGGAACUGAUAUUUUUAUAUGAGAAAUCAAUAAAAUUAAGAUAAUUCUGGA